CGAAUGAACCUGCUGAAGUUACUUCGCCGUGUCAACACACGAGUCCAGUAAUCAAUCGCGCACAGGUAGGCAAAGAGCAGCAAUUUUUGUGCUUUGCUUUGCCACUUUCCCCUGUUUGGUGUUCAGUUCCAGUUUUUUGUUUCUCAGUAAGGUCAAAAGUGCGAUUAUAUAACAAACUCACAGAAUGGCUCCCAAAGAACCCUCCCCGCUGGUGAAGUUAUACCUAAUUGCGUAUAAUGGAUUGAUGGUUGUCGGUUGGUCUUACAUGCUUUACCAGCUGGUGGCUUAUUACACAUUCGACAAAGGCAACGGAAAGCCCUUGUGGGAUUACUUGGGAACAACCGUGAUUAUCUUCCAAAAUGCAGCCGUCCUUGAGAUUGUACACGCAGCAACACGGAUCGUGCCAAGCAAUCCGGUUAUCACCACCUUCCAAGUGCUCUCUCGUGUAAUGGUCGUCUGUGGGGUCGUAAUGGCCACUCCCACGGGAAAGUCAUCUCCUGGUCUUCCGCUAGCUCUACUAGCAUGGGCCGUAACCGAAAUCAUCCGCUACGGUUACUACGCGCUCAACCUGGUUAACGCCGUCCCGCACAUUCUGAUCUUCCUCCGGUACACCACCUUCAUUGCUCUCUAUCCGAUCGGAGUGACCGGUGAACUGCUGUGCUUCUUCUGGGCCCAGAGUUACGUGCGGGAAUCGAAACAGUGGAGCAUCGAAAUGCCCAACGUGUACAACUUCACGUUCUCCUACUUCUACUUCCUAUGGUUGAUAAUGCUGCUGUACAUUCCACUGUUCCCCCAGAUGUACCUGCAUAUGUUCGCCCAGCGGCGGAAAAUCCUCGGAGGUGGCAGCCAGUCCGCGGCCACCGGCAAACAAAAGGUUAAAUAAGCAGAAUAUGGGUUAGGGGGGUCCCUUUAUAUACUCGGUUCAGGGCAACGAUAGACUGUUACAUGUUUCCAUUUCGAAGCUAGUAAAACUUACGGAUAGGGUUGUUUUUCUGUUUACCACUCUGCUGUUAAAAAGUUCCACGCAUGCACAUUUGGCUGCAACCAUACCAGGUGAAGGAAUUUGAAAUUCAAUAAAAUCGCACACUUAAUACUAAGAAAAGGGUUGUUUUAGUUAAUCACGCUUACCGCACGCAUAACGUUUUAACCAAUUUUGUGGCCGAUUAAUGGCCUAGCUUUUGUUAUUUCCCAAUCCUCCUGUACCAUUAAUUUCCUGACUGUGAGGUAUUAAAAUAAACUUGUACAGUUUCCGGGUAUUAUUGGAAUGGUAUCUUAUUUUGGAUUUUCUGAUUAAGUCUGAUUAGGUAAUCUUUUUUUUCUAUCAUGAUGCAUUUUUUCGUGUUACGAUACACUACAGUGCAAAUGGUAAUGACUCAUUUAAAAAUAAAGCCCAAAAGCUGUAAAUUAUAGCUUUAAAAAAAUAUAUGGAUAAACGGCCUGAUACAAGAUUAUUUUUCACAAUCAUACUUUUACUUUUAAGUUUAAAUGUAAUAUGGACCUUCCUUUUUUCAGACAUCGG